AGCAAGGAAGAAGGUGAGGAGACUGGCCCAGUCGUGGAUGUCUCUGACACCUCCUGGACCAGGCACCAGUUGUGUGUGGUGGGUGAGGCUGGCUGUGCAGGGGGUGGAGACGCUGGUCUCUGCGUCAUGGCUGCCAGGAGAAUCCUGAGCCAGCCGGACAGUGUCUCUCCCCAGGAAGAGAGAGAGGAGGAGAGGGAAGCGGAGCUCGAGGAUGAGAGGAGAGGGAGAAGGAUUGGGUGGAGGAGUCUGCUCCACUGCUCUGCCGGCUGUGGGUUGUGUUGCAAUCACUGGGUUUUGGGGAAGAACCUCUAGAUAUUCCCCCGCAAAAAUGGAACUCAUUCUCAGAGAAGUCAACAAGAGGAGGAGUUAAGUUGUCUUUGGUGCUGGGCUGCCUCUGUGCUGGUGUGAAGGUCCUUUACGCAGGGAGGGAGGAGGGGAGGAGAGGGGGGAGAGGGAAGGAGGGAAAGAGAGGGAAGAGAAAGGACCAGUUAGUGAGACUGAACUCCAUUCACUCCACUCUCUGGGGUCAUUCGGAGUUCCGUGACAUUCUGUAUGCUACGUCCAAUUCUCCCCAGACAUUGGCAGCAAAAGAGAGUGCAGUUGAGCUGCUGGUGUAUGUCACUCAGCGGUGUUCAGAUGUGGUCAGUACCAGUCGUGUGCCCACGCUACUGGGAGCUUACUCCGCCUCCUGCUCUAGGACCGAUCGUGGACUGCUGUACCUGCUGUUCCUGUAUGAACUCAAUGGAGCAAACCUCAGCAGAUUCAGACCGUACCUGUGGGGUGAGGCGGGGAGGGAGGUGGAGGUAGAGAGAAGGAGUGUCAGCUGGCUCCAGUGGGGAGGUCCUCCCAGCUCCAGACAGGUCCUGGAGAGUCUGGACCCCCGCAGAAUGGACACCUCUCUCGACCACUUCCCCCAGCACUCUCCUCUGGAGCCGGUGGAUCCGUUCAGUGAGCGUGGAGAUGAGGGUAGGUGUGAGGAGAGGGGUGAGCAGCUAGUGGUGUAUGAUCCUGCCUUCAUGCUGCCUCUAGCAAGCCAUCUACUGGACCCUGGGUGUCUGGUGGAGGUCAGAGAGGUGGUAAGGACGGGAGUUCUCUCCUACCUCCUAGUCUCUCUCUCCUCUCACGAGACCGACGUCAGGAGAGCCGCCGCCCACUGUAUCUCUCGCUUCGCGUCUCACCUCCACUCCUCCUCUUCCAGGGAAAAACCUCAGUUGUCUCUGCUGCUGAGAGUAGUCAAGAACACUCUGGACGAGGAGCCUCAGAGGUUGCCUUCUCUCCAUGCUCUCUUCCUUGCCAGAGUGGCCCAGGUCUUUCUGCAACCAGAGUGUCAGCUGUACAUGAAGGCGGGUCACUAUUUGGUCCACAAGCCAACUCUGGAGCUCCGCGACAUUCCUCUCUUCAACACCCUUUUCCUCCACACAACCUCACCACAGGAUGUAGGUGAAUGUGAGUGGCUGCUGAGAGUCCUGGGAGGAGGUCUGAGGUGUGAGGAGGACUACAGACUCUACCAGAGGAAGAGGGUGCUCCCUCAUCUCUUGGCCCUCUAUACCGAGCUUUCUCUGGACAGCAAGACUAGGACCCUGAUUCUGGAGCUGGUGUUGAGGGCGUGUGUGUUCCCAGUGGCAGUCUGUGAUCUAGUGUGGAACCACGGACUGCUCCCCUGGCUCACUCAGGCCACCUCCUGCAGUGAUCAGAGUGUGGUCCAGAGGAUUCUGUCCAAGGCCUGUAAACUGGUGGAGGAGGAAGACAGUGACUCAGACAGAGGCUGGAAGCCUCCUCCAUUACUGGAAGAAGAACUAUCAUUGACUACUGCCCGAUUUAUGUAA